UACGAUCUGUAGUUUUAUCACCAAACGAGUAGUCGUAAGAAAGACGUCGAAUUACAGUCGGAACCAGCCACCGCUUUUCGAGCUCCGACGCAUCGCUUCGUAAACAUUUCCUCCGCUUCUAUCUCGUUCGGCGUCUGUGAUCUUCACAACUCCGGUAUUGUAUGAAUUGAGCUGGUGAUCAUGGAUGCGGCCAAGGAAGAGUUUCUCAAGGAAUUCGGUCGAGACUACGGCUAUUCCGGCGGUCCAAAAACCAUCGAUGAAAUUCGAGCCACUGAAUUUAAGCGCCUCGGUGGUAUGACCUACUUGGACCACGCAGCAACAACUUUGUAUUCCGAGUUACAAAUGGAGGCGAUCUUUAAAGAUCUCACUGCUAAUAUAUAUGGAAAUCCUCUUAGAUAGCCAAAGUGAUUCUAGCUUUGCCACUUCUGACAUUGUAAGGAAUGCCCGUCAACAGGUCCUUGAUUAUUUCAAUGCUUCUCCUAAAGACUACAAAUGCAUAUUUACUUCUGGUGCAACAGCAGCACUAAAAUUAGUUGGUGAAGCCUUCCCAUGGAGUCAUCAGAGCAGCUUCGUGUACACUAUAGAGAACCAUAACAGUGUUCUUGGAAUCAGGGAAUAUGCUCUUGAACAAGGAGCUCAAGCCUAUGCCAUAGAUAUUGAAGAUGCAGAACAUGAUGCAUUCACAGGAAAUCUUGUAUCAGUGCAAGCGACGAAGCACCAAAUACUAAGGAGAAAUGAAGUCAAGUUUCUGGAUAAAGAUCAUACAGGCAGUGCAUAUAACUUGUUUGCCUUCCCUUCAGAGUGCAAUUUCUCUGGUUCGAAAUUUAGCCUUGAAUUGGUGAAGAUUGUUAAAGAAGAUUCAAUUAGAUAUUCUAAUGGCUCUCCAUCUUUUAAUGGACGUUGGAAGGUUUUGAUCGAUGCUGCAAAAGGAUGUGUCACAGACCCCCCAGAUUUAUCCAAGUUUCCGGCUGAUUUUGUUGUUAUCUCUUUCUAUAAGCUGUUUGGGUAUCCAACUGGACUUGGCGCUCUCAUAGUUCAUACUGAUGCUGCCAAGUUAUUAAAAAGAACAUACUUCAGUGGAGGCACUGUUGCUGCUUCAAUUGCCGACAUUGACUAUGUCAAACGGAGAGAGGGCAUCGAGGAGCUCUUUGAAGAUGGUACAAUCCCAUUCUUGAGCAUAGCCUCUCUGUGCCAUGGGUUCAAAGUUCUAAAUUCUCUAACUAUACCUGCAAUAUCUCGGCAUACUUCAUCACUUGCCACGUACUUGAGGAAUAUCCUUGUGGCCCUGAGGCAUGCAAAUGGAACGAGUGUAUGCACUCUCUAUGGAAGUUGCUCUUCCAAGACACUAUGUAACAAAAUGGGUCCUGUGGUCUCAUUCAACUUGAGACAACCAGAUGGAUCUUGGGUUGGACAUCGAGAAGUGGAAAAACUGGCCUCUUUGUGUGGGAUUCAGUUGAGGACAGGAUGUUUUUGUAAUCCUGGUGCAUGUGCAAAACAUCUUGGUCUAUCUCAUUCGGAUCUUUCUAGAAAUAUCGAGGCAGGCCAUAUCUGCUGGGAUGAUUAUGAUAUCAUUAAUGGAAAACCAACUGGUGCUGUGAGAGUAUCCUUGGGAUACAUGUCAACUUAUGAAGAUGUCAAGAAGUUCAUUGAUUUUGUGGCAACCUCCUUUGUCUCGACUAGAACUAAUGCUAGACAUGGAUUACAAUUUUGUGGAAGGUCCAUCCAUUUCACAGACAUAGGUUUUGAGAGUAAAUAUUCAGCUCCUGGUUUUGACCUCAAGUCUAUUACUGUCUAUCCAAUCAAAUCGUGUGCAGGAUUCAGCAUGGAUAGAUGGCCGUUAGGCAGUCGAGGGCUUCUUCAUGAUCGGGAGUGGCUACUUCAAAGUUUGACGGGUGAAACUCUUACACAGAAGAAGGUUCCUGAAAUGUCACUUGUACGUACUUAUAUUGACCUCAGUCAGGGAAUAUUGUAUCUUUACUCCCCACGUUGCAAAGAGAGACUGCAGAUCACUUUGAAUUCAAAUCCAUGCAAUGACAAGAGAGAAGAAAUAAGUUUAAAUGGUCAGAUAUAUCAAGUCCAGGGUUACGACAAGAGAGUUGAUACUUGGUUUAGUGCAGCUAUUGGUCGGCCAUGUACUUUGUUGCGCCAUAUAAGUUCCAGUCAUUUUGUCAGCUUGUGUGAGAGAGAUGAUGUUGGUACUUGUAGAGAAUCACGAAAUUGCUUGAAUUUUCCCAAUGAAGCACAGUUCUUGCUGAUAUCUGAGGAGAGUGUAUCAGACCUCAACAACAGAUUGAAUUCAACAGAUGUCGGAAAGGACAUUCGUAGAACAUCACUUCAAGUUGAUCCUAUGAGGUUCCGGCCAAAUCUUGUCAUAUCUGGAGGCAGACCUUAUGCUGAAGAUGAGUGGAGAAAUAUUAAAAUUGGCAACAAGUACUUCAGAUCAUUAGGUGGAUGUAACCGUUGCCAGAUGAUCAAUUUUGUUAUUGAUGCUGAAGAAGUCCGGAAGACAAACGAACCUUUAGCUACUUUAGCAACAUACCGGAGGGUGAAGGGGAAAAUUUUGUUUGGGGUGCUGCUGAGAUAUGAAUGUGAGGCUGAAGAAGGGAAGACCGGUGACGUAUGGCUUCAGUUGGAGAAAGUAUAAUCGCAGAUUCCGAAUAGCUUCGAGGUGCACGGCGAAUACAUACAGACUCAGUAAAGUAUUAAAGUAGGCAAAACGUCUUCUUUCUUUAUGCCCGUCAAGAUUAGUUUAAAGAUGAACUAGUUAAUUCAGGUGUAAAGAAAUAAUGAUAGACUAAAAAUAAAAUGUAUUAUUUGAGAUAGGGAACCGACAGAUUUUACAUUCAAAAGGACGGCCGAUUUGAUGGUCAUAAAAGAUGGACAUUGUUCUCACACACACAGAUAUUCAAAUGGAAAAGGAAUCGGGAAGAAAGCUCAUCUUUGAUUUCUUUCGGAGGAAAUGGCAUGCUCGUCUUCCAUCACGAAUUCUGACUCUGAAGUUCAAUAAUAUGGAUUGACUAUGGAAACCCUUUUUUUAUUGAUUGAUGUAUUUUAUCACUAUCUUGUAUUUUAUGUUUAUUUAAACAUUUGAAUUUUGAAGUCACAAAAGCAUACAAAAAUGUUUAAUGGAUUAUUUAA